CGGAAGAAGGGGUCACCAUGCAGGUCUCCAGCCUCAACGAAGUGAAGAUCUACAGUCUGAGCGCGGGCCGGAGCCUCCCUGAGUGGCUUUCUGAUAGAAAGAAGAGAGCAUUACAGAAAAGAGAUGCUGACAUUCAAAGAAGAAUUGAACUUAUCCAAGACUUUGACAUGCCCACAGUUAGCACGAACCUCAGAGUUUCACGAGACGGGCAAUACAUUAUGGCAGCAGGAACAUAUAAACCAAGAGUCCGAUGUUUUGAUACCUAUCAGUUAUCCAUGAAGUUUGAAAGAUGCUUAGAUUCUGAAGUGGUUACGUUUGAUAUUUUAUCAGAUGAUUAUUCAAAGAUUGUUUUCUUGCUAUGUGACAGAUAUGUGGAAUUUCACUCUCAGCAUGGCCGUUAUUACCGAACCAGAAUACCUAAAUUUGGUAGAGAUUUCUCAUACCAUUAUCCAUCAUGUGACCUGUAUUUUGUAGGAGCAAGCUCUGAAGUUUACAGACUAAACCUGGAACAAGGAAGGUAUCUGAAUUCCCUACAGACAGAAGCUUCAGAGAAUCAUGUAUGCGACAUAAAUUUGGCACAUGGCUUAUUUGCAGCGGGGACAAUUGAGGGGAAGGUGGAAUGCUGGGAUCCUAGAAUGCGAAAUCGUGUCGGAGUGUUGGAUUGCGUUUUAAGCAGCACAACAGCUGAUAAAGAGGUCGAUGGUCUUCCCUCUAUUUCAGCCCUGAAAUUUGAUGGCACAUUGAACAUGGCUGUUGGGACAUCCACAGGCCAGGUUUUGUUAUACGAUCUCCGAUCAAGUGACCCAUUAAUUGUGAAAGAUCACCAAUAUGGCUUGCCUAUUAAAUCAAUCCAGUUCCACAGUUCUUUAGAUUUGGUUAUUUCUUCCGAUUCAAGAAUCAUAAAACUUUGGAACAAGGACACAGGGAAAAUAUUCACUUCCAUGGAGCCUGAAAAUGAUAUUAAUGAUGUUUGCAUAUAUCCUGAUUCGGGAAUGCUGUUCACAGCCAAUGAAGCACCCAAAAUGAGUAUCUACUACAUUCCAGUGUUAGGUCCUGCUCCGAAAUGGUGCUCAUUCCUUGAUAAUCUAACAGAAGAGCUCGAGGAGAACCCGGAGACAACCGUGUACGAUGACUACAAGUUUGUAACAAGAAAAGAUCUUGAAAAUUUAGGGCUUGCCCAUCUCAUCGGAUCCCCAUUGCUACGUGCAUACAUGCAUGGCUUUUUCAUGGACAUAAGACUGUAUCACAAGGUUAAAAUGAUGGUGAAUCCAUUUGCUUAUGAGGAAUACAGGAAAGAGAAAAUUAGGCAGAAGAUAGAAGAAACCCGUGCACAAAGAGUGCAACUAAAGAAACUUCCAAAGGUUAAUAAAGAGUUGGCUCUGAAAUUGAUUGAAGAAGGAGAAGAAAAUCUGCAAAACGAGAGGAAAAAAAAGCAAAAGAAAACUCCCAACAUUCUUAGUGAUGAUCGCUUCAAAGUCAUGUUUGAAAACCCAGAUUUCCAGGUGGACGAGAAGAGUGAAGAAUUCCGGCUGCUCAAUCCGCUGAUUUCUAAAAUAAGCGAGAAAAGAAAGAAGAAGCUGAAGAUGCUAGAGCAGCAAGAAACUUUAAGAGAGGAAGAGGAGGAAGAACCAGAAGGAAAACCAAGUGAUGCAGAAAGUUCUGAGACUUCAGAUGAUGAAAAAGCCUGGGUUGAAGAGGUCAGGAAACAGCGCAGACUUCUCCGCCAAGAGGAAAAAGUAAAACGGCAGGAAAGGUUGAAGGAGGAUCGGCAAACUGUCUUGAAACCUCAGUUUUUUGAGAUUAAAGCUGGGGAGGAAUUCAGAAGUUUCAAGGACACGGCCCAAAGGCAAAAGUUAAUGAAAAAAACUCUUAGUGAUCGCUUGCAGCUCGAAGAGAAGGUUGGCGCUCUGAGUGUACAUGAUACCACUGUAGGAAGCAAACAGGUUACCUUUAAAUUAAAAAAGUCAGAGCAACAGAAAAAACAGCAGGAAGCAGAGAAGCAUCAUCAUCAGGAGAGGAGGAAAUUGCGACGUUCAGCCAGUCAUCUCAAAAGUAAACGAGGGAGAGGACGGCCUUUCCAUUGAGAGAACUGCUCUUCUUUUUCACUUGUGGAGCUUCGAGAGAUUGGUUCCUUUUUGCCUAAAUAGUGUACACAGGAAAAGUAACAUCUUGUCAAGUCCUGUUUUGACUGAGAGGGAACUAUAAAUAGCAUACCUAUGGAAAAACUACACAUGAGAAUCAAAGGUGUUUGUUGAAGAGCAGUUAAGUGGUUAUUAUAUAACCUUGGGUACGACUCUUAUUCAAAACUUUCUCUGUAGACUGGACUUCAUCGUCUUUUCCAACUGAAUUUGAACAUCAAUGCAUUAUUUCUGAAAGGUCCUAUUUCUGAAGAGCUGGAACAUUGAUCUGCCAAGUCUUCAUAAAUGUUACAGAAUAAAACUGCUUUAAUCAUUUGUUCAGGCCCAUGUAGCAUUAGGAAGUCAACUGAUUAGGGUGUUGACAAUAACAUUUGCCACAAGGGUAACGUGCAGAGCCAGAACUCUGACUUUCUGUGAUCCCAUUAAGCAAUGCUUUGCUCCAGCAAAAGCUGUGGGUACUUACUGUCAGGCUCCCCUAAUAUGGUUGUGGUCUGUUCCUAAAGAGAGACUUGUACUUAUCCAUAUAGAUAUGUGUGGGUGUUGAUAUAAUUGAAUAAAAUAAAAAAAAUUCUUCAGUGCUGACGAUCUUUGGCACUGUACUAUGCUGGUCCAGACAUGUCACAUAUGAGACUGCAGCCCUUAUUUCCAAAGUGGAUUGAUCCUGGUCUAUAGGUGAAUACAUAAUCAGUUUGGUGUAGUGGUUAAGAGCAGCAGGGCUCUAAUAUGGAGUCCUGCCACUUGAAGCCAGCUGGGUGACCUUGGGUCAGCCACAGCUUCUCGGAGCUCUUUCGACCCCACCCACCUCACAGGGUGAUAGUUGUAAGGAUAACAACAACACACUUUUUAAACCACUCUGAGUUGUCCUGAAGGGCAGUAUAUAAAUUGAAUGUUGUUAUUAUUGUUAAUAACCCCUUUCUAAUCAUUAUCUCCCUCUUUAAUAUAUGAAACCCCAAUCCAGCAUAAUUUUUGAACAGAUACAGAUGAGUUUCUGAGGUUGCCUUCCUGUACCUGGAUAUCUUAUUGUAAAUCUGCUUCUUCUCCAGAUGGAAAAUUGUGAGUGCUUUCUCAUUUGUCUGGCAGAGUGUGUAAUAUUUUUGUCUUGUGUCAAUAUAGUACAGUACUUGCAGUGUCAUCUGAAGCAGAAUUACAACAUUUUAAGCCUUUUGACUUAUAUAGAUUUAAAAGAAUAUUAUCUCUGCUUAGGAUGGCACUGUUAAGUGUCAUAACACAAUUAUAAGAUUGUAUAAGAUUGUAUAUAAGAGGAGAAAUCUAUUUAAACGCUAAAACUAAAAGGGUGAAGCAGCUUGAGGAGGAAAACUAGAUGACCUUUCUAUUAAAAGAACUGCUUCAAACUGCAGUGAGAAAAGUCCUCCUUUAUUCUGGUUUCAGUACAACAAUCAAAGAUCCAUAGGAAAGCAAAGAUUGCUGUCUUCAAUACAAAUUAAGAACUACAGAGCAUUUAAGAAGGUGGAAAGAAAACUAGAGCAAUGUGUUUUAAGGUGAUGGAUAUGUCUAGUUGAUUAUCCUGCUCUUUCUAAGAGUAAUUCUUAAGCGAAAAGCUUUGUAUGGCCACACCUAUUACCAAUCAUCAUAUAUUGUUUGGAACUGGCUCUGCAUAGUCCGUUUGCUUUAGGAAUUGGCUCUUGGAGAUUUUUGGUGAUUGUCUGUAUCACAGAUGUCUGUAGAAGAGUUGCCAAAAAAAAGGGUUUAAUCAUUUUAAAUGUUUCUGAAAAGUAGGGCACUAGGAUAAACUUUAUAAGGACUAUCAGCUUCAUGAAUAGUAUGUUUGCAGUCCUGCUGUGAUGUGACUGCACUCUGAGAUUACUAAUUCAUUACUUUGACUGUAACUAUUUUGUUAACAGUAGGGCUCCAGAACCCUGACUCAGUUUUUAGUCUUUAUUAAAUGUAAAGUUUCCCUUGGCUUCCUCCACCAACUUUGCAGAGCUUAUCUAACAUCAUGUAAGUCAAAAGGGAACAAGAAUUUUAUGAUAAAGAAUUGCAAAUGUUUGGUAUUUCUGGUUUUUAAGAAUGGAUUGAUCUUAUUUUGUAAAAUAUAUUUAAUAUGCCUUUU